AUGAAAGUUAUAAUAAAAAUAUUUAUCACUUCAACCAUUAUUACAUUGAGCCAAGGUUGUUUUGUUGCAUAUUUAAAUCGAAUAGAAAGAAAAAGUGUUAGUGUAAAUUUAUCAGCGUGGGCAGUAGUGAUAGUUGAACAGACAUAUUCCGGAUUUGAAGUUUUGGGAAAUGAAUUCUUUGAUUACGGGUCCAUUAUCCACCCUCAAACGGUUAUUACAUUGAAUCCAACAAUAUUAUAUGAAUCAACGAGUGAUUAUAGGAUUGCUGCAGGUUGUUGGGCUUACAAAGACUUCAAUGACCAGAAUGUUGAUGAUUGCCAAUUACGCAAUUUUUCUCGUAUUAUUAAUGGUCGCAUUAGUUCAAAAAAAUCUUCGAAUGGCAAUAACAGUUAUACUAUAAUUAUUCUCGAUAGUCCGUUCAAUUUGAACAAAAGAAUAAACGUCAUUCAUUUAGCUACUAAUACCAUGAAUAAUUAUAGCAACUGUUAUCUCUAUGCUCCGGCAGCACUAUCAAUAAUUAAUCAAAAUAAUCAAUUGAAUACUAAUGAUCAGAUUUCACUAGUAACACUUGUCGCUCCGUAUAAAGCAGAAAUAGUUAAUAAUUCUGCACAAGUAUUUAAAUAUGAUGGAGUUAAUUAUACACUUAUUAUCGAGGAUACCAAUUUAAAUUUUGAAAAAGCAGCAGUUCUAUUUUUGAAAGAAAAUUACCGUUCAAGUCCAUUGGUGUGCCAAAAAAACAAUACAAAUAAUUACGAACAAAUUGGAUUUUUCAAUACAUAUUUAGACACCGAAAAACCACUUGAACAGCAGAGCUGGUUGGAUACGAAUAAAAACUAUUUAAUUCGUUUCAGUGAGUUAUUAGCCAGAAAGCAAGAAGCUAGAUUAGAUUUAAAAAUGAAAGUUAUGAUAAAAAUAUUUAUCGUUUCAAUCGUUGUUACAUUGAGCGAAGGCUGUUUUGUUACAUAUUUGAAUCGAGUAGAAAGACAAAGUGUCAAUGUAAAUUUAUCAGCGUGGACAGGAAUAAUAGUUAAAAACACAUCUUCCGGAUUCGAAGUUUUAGGACAUGAAUCCCUUGAUUACGGAUCCAUUAUUCACCCUCAAGCGGUUAUUACGUUGAAUCCAACAAUAUUAUAUAAAUCAACGAGUGAUUAUGGGAUUGCUGCGGGUUGUUGGGUUUACAAGGACAUCAAUGACCAGAAUGUUGAUGAUUGCCAAUUUCGCAAUUUUUUUCGUAUAAUUAAUGGUAACAUUAGUUCAGAAAAAUCUUCGAAUGGCAAUAACAGUUAUGCUAUAAUUAUUCUCGAUAGUCCGUUCAAUUUGAACGAAAGAAUAAACGUCAUUCAUUUAGCUACUAAUACCAUGAAUAAUUAUAGCAACUGUUAUCUCUUUGCUCCAACAGCUCUAUCACUAAUUAAUCAAAAUAAUCCGUUGAAUGCUACUGAUCAGAAAUUCAUUUCACUAGUAACACUUGUCGCUCCGUAUAAAGCAGAAAUAGUAAAUCAUUCUGCACAAAUAUUUAAAUAUGAUGGAGUUAAUUAUACACUUAUUAUCGAAGAUACCAAUUUAAAUUUUGAAAAAGCAGCAGUUGUAUUUUUUAAAACAUACUACCGUGGAAGUCCAUUGGUGUGCCAAAAAAACAAUACAAAUAAUUACGAACAGAUUGGAUUUUUCAAUAUAUAUUUAGACAUCGAAAAAUCACUUGAACAGCAGAGGUCAGAAUUAUUCAUCAAUACUACUUCUGUUCACAAAGAGAUUUAUGAAAAAUUAAACAAUUAUUUUUCUCCAUCCGAAAUAUCCGAAAUUAAUGCAACUAUCAACUUUUAG